AUGGUGUUAUUCUUCCAAAUUAUUUACACAAUUUUAUGUUUAAUUCCAUUAUCAAAUACAAUCUUGGAAGAUGACAUUCUCUAUGAUAUCAAAUGGCAGCCCGAAUUAACAUCCCCCAUUGAUCUUGAUAAUAGUUAUACAUUUGCAUCCAAUCGAAAAGAAAAUUAUCUAUGUACCCUCCCGAUCGUUCAAACAACAGUUCCGACAUCAACGGAUACUGUUCUACUAUCUGAUAUUGAACGAUUAUUAGAAAAUUUACAUUCUAAAACAUCAUGUGUAUACCGAUUGGAUCCAUAUUGGACAUACGAAUUAUGUCACGGUAUACAUGUUAGACAAUAUCAUGAUACAAAGAUUGCAGGCAAAAAAUCAAUUAUUCAAGAGUAUCACUUAGGUUAUUAUCAUGCAGAACAACAAGAUGUUUCAACAGAUUCUGAAGGUCAAUCAGUACUAAAGAUUCAUCAUAAAACGAUCUAUAAUAAUAAAACUCCGAUGUUAGCUGUUCGAUAUACAGAAGGUACAACAUGUGAAAUUAAUGCAAAUCAACCACGUGAAACUGUUGUUUACUAUGUAUGUGAUGAACGAGGUAGUGAUGGAAUAUUAAAUUUUGAAGAAGUAUCAUCCUGCUAUUAUGAAAUUAUUGUGGCUUCGAGAUGGCUAUGUAAAUUGCCAGCGUUUAGUCCUGUAGAACCAAAUCGAUACAGUAUAAAUUGUUUUCCAAAAGAGAAUGCUCGUCAAAAACCACGUGGUUUAAAGAAGCUUGAAGACGAUAGACAAUUAUCAAUGAAAGGUGGUCGGGCACAAUUUACAAUGACAAGCUCCGACGGCACGACAUUCAUCAUACAAUACCAGUAUGGUAAUGAUGACGAUCUUGAUGAUUUAAAUGAACCUUCAAUAAAAGAUCAAACGAGCAAAGUAACUCCAGCAAGUCCAAGUGAACAAAAAGAAGUAAAUAAUAAUCAAGCUGCUCGACAAGAACCGUUGGGAAAUUUGGGUGUUGAUGUUGAUCGUGAAUUUCUUCAGAAUUUUCUGUCGGGUAAAGAAUGUUUACCUGGCGGUACGGGUUGGUGGAAAUAUGAAAUAUGUUAUGGUCGGCAUGUUAUUCAAUAUCAUGAAGAAGGACAACAUCGAGUAUCGAUUCUUCUCGGAACAUGGAAUCGUGAAAAGCAUAUUGAAUGGUUGAAUAAAAGUCCGAAAAAAAGAUCUGCUGGAAAUACAAGAGAUCGACAAUUUGUUUCAUUGUAUUAUACCGAUGGCGAUACAUGUGAUGUAACAAAAACUCGACGCGUUGUUGAAGUUAAAUUAAGAUGUUCUAAGAAAACCGAUAAAUCUCAUGCAACAUCCAUGUAUCUUGUAGAACCGGAAACAUGUUCCUAUGUGCUAGGGGUUGAAUCGGCACUUUUUUGUAAUUUGGCUGACUACACAGAUGAAUAUGGUAUUCCUGAUAACGAAAAAUUAAUUAAACGUUUUCAACAACCACUACCAGAAAAAUAA